AUGACGGGACUCAAGCGCGUCCGUCGCCCGGCUGCCGCCGACGACAAGGACGACCGACCCCGCGACAACAAUGACGCCGACAGCGACAGCGACACCAACCAUCACCCAGGGCCCAGCACCAAGCGCCGCAAACUGACCGCCUUCGACUCCGACUCCGCCCCAGCAAAUCCCUCUUCCGUCUCGGCCCCCGUCACCGCCGGAACCGUGUCCAUAAAACACACACCCUAUCCUAAUUCCACACCGCCUUCCCGUACCGGGGCCGACCUUCUUUCCCCUCUGUCUGACGAGCUCCUUCUGCGCAUUCUUUCACACCUGUCGCUGCCCCACUUGCUCGCCGUGGCGCCUGUAUCAAGGAGGUUCUAUCGCUUGGCGUCGGACUCACAGCUGUGGAAGGCGCUGUAUUACGAGAGGUUUGUUUUGCCAAGGGUGAUGAGGAUACCGGGGUUUAGGGAUGGGAUGAGUACUGGGAAGGAAGGGGCAGGCAGGUUAAGGUUUCAUCAUGCUGGGAGGAAGAUGUUGUGGGUUGAUGGGAGGAGGAAGGAACAAAGGGAGGAUGAAGAAGAGGAGUAUAGGCCUGUGGAUUGGAAGAGGCAGUAUAAGAUAAGAUACAAUUGGGCUAGGGGGAAAUGUGCGGUUGAGGAAUUGAAGUUGAGCGGGGAGCUGGCGAUAGACGAUGAAGAGGAGGGGAGGAGGAUGCUGGUUAAGGUAGUAGAGGGCCUUGCCGUUACUGCUGAUAGGGUCGAGGGGUUGCGAGCUUGGGAUCUUAAGACGCGGAGUUUGAUCGCCCAAAUUGAGGUUGUGGAUGGGAACGAGAGGACUGCCCCGAGUGCCAUUGCUGUUGACGACUCGGAGCAUCACAAGGGAAUCCUCGAUGUGGCAUUGGGGUUCACUGACGGCAGCUUUGGGGUGUGGAGGUUGACUACGAAGGACAGGAAACUUGCGUUGCGGUAUCGGCAUGCCAAGUCGAGCAAUGGAGAGCUGAUCGCAAUGAGUUUUCUGUACCCCUAUCUGUUGACGGCCACGCGGGCAGUCUUGAUCUCACUCUACACUUUUGAGGUUCCAAUCACCGUCGAGACGGGCCAAGAGUGUCAUCCACCACGACAUACAGUCAUGAAAGGUCCUACGGAGGAGGACACACAGCUUCCAGCCCCCUAUCUCCUGACGUCCUUGGACUCACAUACUUCACGGCCUCCGUUGGCUUUAUCUAUCCGUAGGGCGGCAGGCAUUACGAUUGCCUCCGUGGCCUACACGUUUUCUACACGACGGGGAUGGUCCAUUGGCAUCCAGGAUCUUCACAUUCAGCAGGUAUCUAAGGGGCUCAAGUCGUCCCCUGAAAUUACAACAACCCGGCUUGCUUUCACAACACCAGUCGAGGCAAGCCCUUACACGACCUCAUCAUCCUCUCCUCGCACCCACAGCAGCCCGUCCUCUUCGUCGGCUACUCAUUCCGAGUCCGAACCGGGUCCCCUAACUCUAUGCUACACCCAUCCAUAUCUGCUCGCAACCCUCCCCGACAACACCCUCGUGCUGCACUUGUGUACAUCGACAGCCACGUCCCUCACCCUUUCAGACGGCAUACGUCUCUGGGGCCAUACCUCAGGCAUUAGUGACGCAGAGAUUACGGCUCGAGGGAAGGCUGUCAGUGUUAGUACAAGGGGAGAGGAGAUGAGAGUUUGGGAGCUGGAAGGACGGUCACUGUCUGGCAGCAAGAGUGUAGAGGUUCGGCCUUGGCAAGAUUCUUCUGAUAAUGGACGCAGGGCGCUUGCAGGGGAAGGCUUAAAUGCAGGGGAUCCAGCUCGGGAUUGGGACGAGAGGCGCAAUUGGGUCGGAUUUGACGAUGAGAUGGUCAUCGUGCUGAAGGAGAGGAAAGGAGGAAGACAGAGCCUCAUGGUGUACGAUUUCACUUGA